UCAAUGUUUAGAGCGCCCUCCCUGCAACCCCCCCUUCCACCGCUCGCCAGCCCCUCCCCCUCCUCCUCCCUCCCUCCUCUCUCCAUCACUGCUCUCCCUCUCCUCCUCUUCUCUUCAUCAGUGCUCUCAAGCUCUCGGAGCGACGAGAUCUUGACCCGCCGCUGCUUUGUUCCCGCAUUUAUUUCCCCUUUAGAUCAGGUGAAAUCUGUUAGAACAGACACCCUUUCUAUCUGGCACGGCUUGGUUUGGCUCAGCUCGGUUUUACGGCUGGAAUGAAGACAAAGCAGAGCAGAUUGGAUGCGAUGGGGAUGAUGGGCGCGGACUGAACAUUCAGGAGCUGCUGCGCAGUGAGAAGAUGGCCAAUGCUGUGGCUUCCUACGACCAGCUGGCCCACCAGGUGGAGGUGCUCCGCAAGGAGAACUCCCACCUGAGGAGGGAGCUGGAGGACAAUUCCAACCACCUGUCCAAACUGGAGACGGAGACGUUUGGCAUGAAGGAGGUUUUGAAGCAGCUGCAGAGUAAGCUGGAGCAGGAAGCAGGAACUCUAGCCUCGUCUGGGAGGAGCGACGUGCUGCAUCAACUGAAAGAGCUACACAUGGACCUGACCAACUACUAUGAACUCAAGCACCAACCUCACAACCUGAGGUUGUUAACUUCUGGUCUCGGGCUGGUGGGGCUCUCAGGGGCGGGGCCUGCUGUAGCUGGAGGUAUGGAGCUGGGCAAUCACCUGGCUCUGCCUCCAUCCUCUACUUCCUCAUCCUCUGUGGCAGCAGUUAGCAGGUCCAAGAGUCCACUCAGACCUGCAUCACGUCAGAGCAUGGCGUCCGCCGGGGAGACGGCCAGCCUCAUGCUGCCGCACCACUUCCUGGACGGAGCCCCGCCCAAGACAGCUGUGAUCUGUGGAGCAGAUGGACGACUGAGCGACCAUCACCUGGAGGAGUUGUACAAAGAAAGGAACCUCUUGCUGGGGGAGAUCGACCGGGAGGAACGAGAACGCUGCUGGUACUUCAGUCAGCUGGAAGCGCUGUCUCAGAAGCUGUCUCAGCUGCCACGCAUCGACACGUUUUCUCUGCAGAUGGACUUGAUCCGGCAGCAGCUGGAGUUUGAGGUCCAGCAGAUUCGUUCCGUAAUGGAGGAGCGAUUCGGCAGCAGUGAUGACAUGGUGCAGAGAACUCAGAUGCGGGUUGCUCGCCUGGAACAGCUAGAAAAGGAGCUGCAGGAGACUCGGGGGAGUCAGGAGAGCCAACUUCAGCUGUCUGGAGCUGAGAAGCCCCCUGCUGGAGAGCCAGAGAACAGCAGCUCGUCCUCAGCUCCAGCUGCUGGAGCGGAUGCUGCAGAUGGAGGCAGCAAGGUGGAGAUGGUCUUCUGGCUGCUCUCCAUGCUGGCUAACAGGGACAAGGAGGAGAUGUCCCGCACCCUGCUGGCUCUGUCUAGCUCCCAGGACAGCUGCAUCGCCAUGAGAAAAUCCGGCUGCGUCCCUCUGCUUGUGCAGAUUCUGCACGAAGCCCAAGACAGCGCUUCCACCGAGACGCCAGCCGGCAGCAGCUCCAGGGGGUGCAGCCGCGAGGCCAAAUCCAGAGCCAGCGCCGCCCUCCACAACAUCAUCUACUCCCAGCAGGACGAAGGCCAAGCCCGCCGGGAGAUGCGGGUCCUCCACAUGCUGGAGCAGAUCCGGACCUACUGUGACAGUGGCUGGGACUGGAUUGAGAGCCACGCCUCCACACCUUCACAGGGAGGAACCAAAACAACAGAUAUCCCAGAACCUGUGGACCCUCAGAUCUGUCAGGCCAUGUGUGCCAUCAUGAAGUUGUCCUUCGAGGAGGAGUAUCGUCGAGCCAUGAAUGAAUUGGGGGGGUUGCAAGUGGUGGCAGAUCUGAUCCACCUUGACAACGACAUGUACGGCAUGCUGAAUGACCCCAUCAACAUGGCGCUCCGCCGGUAUGCGGGCAUGGCUCUGACCAAUCUCACCUUUGGAGAUGUCGUCAACAAGGCCACUCUGUGUUCUAAGAAGAGCUGCCUUCAGGCUCUGGUUGCUCAGCUGGGUUCUGAUAGCGAGGAGCUUCAUCAGGUGGUCUCGAGCAUCCUAAGGAACCUGUCCUGGAGGGCCGACAUCAGCAGCAAGAAAGUUCUGCGGGACAUUGGCUGUGUGUCUGCUCUGAUGACCUGUGCUCUCCAAGCAACCAAGGAGUCGACACUGAAGAGUCUCCUAAGCGCUCUGUGGAAUCUGUCAGCUCACAGCAUUGACAACAAGGUGGCCAUCUGUUCGGUCAAUGGAGCUCUGGGCUUCCUGGUUAGCACCCUGACAUAUCGGUGUCAAACGAACUCGCUAGCCAUCAUCGAAAGCGGCGGAGGGAUCCUCCGAAACGUGUCCAGUUUGAUUGCCACUCGGGAAGACUACAGGCAAGUCUUAAGAGACCACAACUGCCUCCAGACACUUUUGCAGCAUCUGCGCUCUCACAGUCUGACCAUAGUGAGUAAUGCCUGUGGUACCCUCUGGAACCUUUCUGCCCGAAGUCCAAAAGACCAGGAGUUGUUGUGGGAUUUGGGGGCAGUCAGCAUGCUGCGAAACCUUAUCCACUCAAAGCACAAGAUGAUAGCCAUGGGCAGCGCUGCAGCUCUUCGAAACCUCCUCACCAAUCGGCCACUAAAGUACAAGGACACCGCGGUUGUGUCUCCUGGCUCCUGCAUGCCCUCGCUCUACAUGAGAAAGCAAAAGGCUUUAGAGGCAGAGUUGGACGCCAAACACCUGGCAGAGACAUUUGACACCCUUGAGAAACAGAGUCCCAAGCACCUCACCCUUAACAAGCCACUGCGGCACAUUGAGAGUCUGGCAAAGGAUUACGCAUCUGAUUCUGGUUGCUUUGAUGACGACGAAGCCCCCAAUAUCUCCAGCAGUCUGGAGACCGGUAGCUUUUCCAUGCUGUCCAUGUUUCUUUCCAAUUCUAAUCUCCUGCAAAACCAGUCUCAUAAGAGAGACAUUGAACCUGAGCGAGAUGUCGAUGUCUCUCAGAUGGCUGAGACGAGACUCGCUCCUUCUGAUGACGUGGUCUCUGCAGCAGCAGAGAAACUAGCAAAGAAAAUUACCACCACAGUUGCCAAGAUUGAUCGGCUGGUAGAGGACAUAACUAUGCACACAUCCUCUGAAGACAGUUUGAGCCUCAGUUCUGAAGACCAUCUUGCAGACUGGCCUUAUGCAAUGGAUGAAUUGAAUGAAGCUCGUGCAAGUUCGUGCUCCCCUUGCCGCCUUUCUGAUGUAAGUAGUUUGGUUCACAGAGAACGUCUCAGUAGAGCUCACGCCCUGUUACGACUCAAAACAGCACACACAAGUGUGUCGACAGACAGCCUGAAUAGUGGCAGUACCAGCGAUGGCUACUGUGGCAGUAAAGACCAAAUGCGCUCUACACCAAGAGCUGAAAUGAUGCAACAAAGACCCAAUCAACUUGACCUCAAGGUGGGUCAUCAAGAAUACCUCAAUGUGAGUCCAUCUGUUCAGAAUGAAACCAAACAACAGGACAUUCCAGAAAGAGACUACGUAGACAACAAGGGUUUGAGAAAUGUAGAGCUCAGCAACACAGAGACUGAAAAGAACCAAGAACCACCUGUGCAAACACCUGUCAGUGCAUCCACUAAAAUGUCCUCUGAUGUCAGCAUGACAUCAAUCAAAUUGUCUCCUUCUUACCAACAGGUCCCACUCAUUCAGAGUGUGGCCAAAUUUGGUGUUGCAAAAACUGCUAUCAAUGUCCAGGCUGCUCAGGCCAUGAGGAGGCAAGCAUGGGUGCCCACUGCAAUGACUGGGGGUAGUAUUACGAAAUUUUCACCUAUGACUUCUGCGAGAAGUCCAACCAUUGGUACAAUGGAGACAAUUCAGAAAUACUCUGUGGAGAAUACUCCAAUCUGUUUCUCUCGCUGUAGCUCGCUGUCGUCUCUGUCCUCUGGUGAAGGAGCAUUGGAUGAGCAAAGUGAAAACGAACUGGAGAGUGACUCUUCAUUAGAGAUAAUUGAAGUGGAGGAUGGAGAAGUGGUGAAGAGAGAGCAGGAGGAUGAAACAUUAGAGGAUCUAAGUGACAGCCAGCUGCUGAUGACUGAUUCAAAAACCUUGCCAAGCAAAGACACAGAUCCCAUUGAGAUCUACUGCACUGCCAAAAAAGAAAAGGUGUUCCUAAGGGGCGCUUCUCCAGCAGUGCUUGAAGACAGAUCUCCAUCCAGUUCCUCUGAGAACUACAUCCAUGAAACCCCUCUGGUAUUAAGUCGCUGUAGCUCGGUUAGUUCACUGGGUAGCUUUGAGUCUCCCUCUAUUGCCAGUUCAAUCCAAAGUGACCCGUGCAGUGAAAUGAUUGAUGGAACAAUAAGUCCCAGUGAUCUUCCAGAUAGUCCAGGACAAACUAUGCCUCCAAGCCGGAGCAAAACUCCAUGCUGCAUUGAGUCAAAUGGACCUGAAACACAGAGCACAGGCAUGGCGGGGCAAUGGGAAAGCAGCCUUCGAAAGUUCAUGGAGAUAACAGACUCCAAGGAGAGAUUCAACCUCCCCCCUGAUCUUGACACAAUGAUCUACUUCACGGUGGAAAAGCCUAUCGAGAAUUUUUCUUGCGCCUCCAGCUUAAGCGCUCUGCCCCUUCACGAACACUACAUACAAAAAGAUGUUGAACUGAAAUUAACACCUUUGCUGCAACAAAAUGAUACAAAUCUUCCACAUCCUGACGAGGAUGAGCAAGGAUUUGACAACGGAGAGCGAAACAGUGAAGGAAACUCAGAUGACGACAUAGAAAUCUUAAAAGAAUGCAUCAACUCAGCAAUGCCCUCUAAGUUUAGAAAAGUAAGGCCUUCGCUGAUGACCACUGUUCCUCCACAUAUACUCAAUUCCCAGAUCCGAAAGCCAAUACAUCUCCCAGUUUAUAUGAUGCUUCCGAAUGGUAAAACCCAGAUCUAUCCUGGGAGGAGAAUUGUCAUACCACAAAAAGACAAAUGUGAUGAUUCAUCCUAUACUGAUUCUGCAGAGGGUACAGCAGUCAACUUCUCCAGCACAACUUCACUCAGUGAUGAAACACUUCAGUAUCCCAUGAGAGAACGGGGGGCAAAAGACUGCACAGCCAAGGGCCUAAACAGGCAAGAUCAGACGGACAACGAGGCAAAAAGAAUUGAAGACUUGAGGAUCUUCUCGCACUUCCACAAACCCAACAGAAUGUCCCACUCACCAGAGAAACAACUGAGUCGGACAAGCAAACAUGUGAUCUCCACUCAGAAAGUACUGAUGCAAAGUAAAGAAGUAGCCGACAGAGUGGCUAGCCAAAAACAUCGCGAGCAGUCUCCUAUUCAGCAAAAGAGACGACAAGGUCAAGUUCCAAUCAGAAAGUGUGAGCUACCUGUCAUAAAGCAAAAUGCAGCAAGUAUCCCAAAUGUCACAUCACAAAAAGGUAAUACUCUAUUUCGACAGAUGACAAAUUCUUCUGAGGAUAGCAACAGUUUCUUUGAUGAUGACAACGAAGAGGUCAUAAAACGAACCAGCAGAAAACAAAUUAGGGAAGUGAGUAGAAAUACUCUAUCUCGGAGCAUGACAAAUAUAGGCAGGACAGAUAAUCCCCUCGGAAAUCCCAGAGGGUUUCAGAGGAUAAAACAAAAUCUAAUAAGGGAUGAAUCGCCAGCAUGUUACUCACUCAGCUCCUCUCUAAGCUCACUGAGUGAUGCUGAAUUUGAUGAUCAUAAAUCAAAGUCACAGCAAAUAUGGUACAAGAACAGGCAUAACAAAACACUGAACAUGGCGCAACAAUCAAAGUCUAUGACCAUUCAGUAUCAAUGUGAGGAACAAAGCUCCCCAAGCUCUGUCAGCAUGGACUCCGAAGAUGACCUUCUUCAGAAAUGCAUAACUUCCGCCAUGCCAAAGCAGAGAAGGAAGAUGGUUUCCAGGAAGAAGAAAGGAGAAAAUACUCAAAAACAUAGGGCCUUUGAUGGAUGGGACUUGGAUGAGGAUAUGGACAGUGACGAAAUGGAAUGGGAUAAUGAUUCUGACCUCAACAGUGUUGAAUGGAGAGCCAUACAGGAAGGUGCUAACUGUGUUGUGACUGGGUUACAGGCAUCAAAGUCUCAAGACCCAUCCUCUGAAGAGACUGAAUCAGUUCUAUCGUUCAUGUCAACAUCCAGCUUCACACCCAAAGAACGGAAGUUUGCUAAAGAGAAAAAUGCAAAUAAACCUCUGGAUUUUGCACCACGCAAGCCAGUUCCAAACCUACCAGUGGUUUUUAGAGGCAGGACGGUGAUCUAUACACCAAAAAAAGAGACAGCUCCAUCACAAAUACCUCCUCCACGAAAAGUGUCUACAAAGACAGAUGCUCCAAAGAACCCUGACCUUGCUCAGCAUAGAUCUAAGAGUCUUCACAGACUAGGCCAUCCUCAAGAUACUGAGCUGUCUCUUCCAAAGAGGAGCUACACUCCACCACCAAGGAUACCAAAAAGCUCAUCCUCUGGGUCUGGGUCAUCACAGAGUUCCACGCCAUCUAAGCAGUCGCAGAAGAAAAUAACAUCACCAACUCAAAGUAAUAAAGCCAUUCAGAAAAAGAGCCCAGCAUCAGUUAGUGGUUCACCGGUGGGUAGUCCCCCUGAAAGAAAGGGGCGCUCUCCUGUAGUAAACAAAAAUGAGAAAUCUCCACCACCAAAGACACAGAAGUCACCUGUUCGUAUUCCUUUCAUGCACACCUCAGCCAAACAACCCAGACCACUGUCACCAUUAGUGACUAACCAAACAGUAAACAGGCAAACCAGUCAAGUCAAUGGUAAGAGGAUGGCACCGGUCAAUAAAUUUGACCUGGUAAGGAUGACAUCUGUCCAUUCAAAUGGUGGUGAGUCUGACCGCAGUGGAUUCUUGAGGCAACUGACUUUCAUAAAGGAAUCCAAAACUGGGCUAAGGCGGGACAGCUGUCCUCGCAACAUGCCAGGAUCACAGAAUGGGUCGCCUCGCAGAGCAGUUCCUGGAGCUUCAGCCGUCUUCCUUUGCUCGUCACGCUGCCAGGAACUCAAGGCCGCAGUGCAAGCCCCAAAAAGGGUGCAAGUAAAAGAUCCUCCGCAAACACGGCAAGUCCAGAAGCCUAACCAAGGCCUUCAGAAGCAUACUACUACGCUGUCCAGGGCAACAUCUAGUGAAAGGGAUCUAUUGACAAAACGGGCAUCCAGGAGAACUAGCUCUGAAAGUCCCUGUAGGAUGGCAGAGAGAAAUGGGCCUGCCAGAACGUCUGGAUUGAGGAAGCAACAGGACAAAGACACAUUUAAACGCCAUGCCUCAUCUCCAAGUAUAAACAUACUCAGUCGAGUUACCAGCCGUUCUUCUUUGCGCUCGUCGUCAUCGGAUUCAAGUGGAAGAGCAAAAAGCGAAGAUGACACAAAGAAGAAGGGGCAGAGAUCCAUGUCCCGGCUUAAGGACCGGGCCACUUGGAGAAGAAUUAGAGAUGAAGAUGUACCACAGGUCUUGAAAAGUACUUUGCCAGCAAACGCGUUACCUCUGGUGCCUUCUCCUGAUGGGGAAAAGCCAAAACCUUUAGGACUUCCUGGAAAAUUGCCAACGAUUCUACUUGCAUCUCGCAAGACGAGCGACGCAAUUGUUCAGACGGAAGAUCUUUCCAACAAGACACACUCGAGCACUUCUCCGACGGCAGAAACUGAAGAGGUAACAAAAAUGUCUCUCCUCAGAAAGAUAAACACUACUUCUGGAAGUACUCUUCAGGACACAGAGUCUGAUGGCUCGCUUUGGAGUCACAGUACAACAGGAACGGCAGACAGCCAUAACAGUGGAGCUGUCACUUUCCGUCAAGGAUCCCCGAGCAAGGCAGCCCGAGUUACUCCAUUUAAUUACAUCCCCAGCCCUAUUGUUGGCUGUCUGCAAGAUCCACAGAGUGAGAAGCCUGAGGUUAAACAAGAAAUGUAGGUCAAUUAUGGGAUUACAAGUUGACACAUGAAUGACUCCUGAAAUAAACUGAGAACUCAGAUGGACACAACGACCACUUAGUCUUAUACCUCGGGUGUUGCCCCUUUCCCUACCCAUUUAUUAUAUUCAAGUUUCCCUCUCUGAACAAUGGAAGAGAGCUUCCAUCUCUGAUUCAUAACCAAGUUGGAUGUAUGCAUUUUAAGUGGGUCAGACAAGGACAGGCCCCCAAAAACUUUUCGAGAUGCACUCCAGAAAAGACAAAAAAAAAAAAAACAUUUCAUCCAAAAAGUGCAUCUUUUUAUACUUGUUUUAUAUCUGUUGAAUAACCAUCGCCUGGUAGUAAAAACAAAAAGUAGCGGGCAGGUUUUUUGUUUUAGCACGAGUCAUCAUCACCCCUCUGUACACAAGAACUGUUUUAUGCAAACUUUUGAAGAACUUAUUUGGACCCCCCCACCCCAAAAAAGACUGUCAACAAACUUUAUUUUAGUAUACAAGUUCACUUCUUCAUUAAACCUGUGUUUUUAUAUAUUAAGCACAUCCAAAUGUUGAGUCCUACCUUCAGCAGCUUGAUGAGGUCUUACUAACCUUGUAAGAAUUGGUGGAUACAUGUUCCAAAAACACAACAAAAAAAAGGUGUUGGACUUUUACUGUCUUGUUGACAAAAGCUAAGUCUACAAAACUAAAGGGUUAGCAUGAUUGCUGGUUUUAGUGCUAGACCUAAUUAUGAGCAUCAUAAGCUUUGGUCAGGUUUGGGUCUUUUAGGACACAAACAGUUUAGAAAAAAUACACAACAUUUUUAUUUAUUUUAUUAUUUUUGGAAAGUGGGUUUGCACCAAGUAAUUUUACACAGCAUUUUUUAGCCUAUCAGUUUAAAUAAAAAAAAAUAUUUCUCAUAUAGAAAAUUGACAACAACUGCUUUUGCAUUAACUUGUAGUAAGCUAAGAUUUAGCAGAUGAUCUAUUUGUACAACAAAUGCUCUAUGUCAAGCCUUUGCAGCCCAGAUAUAUUUUGGCGUUAGCAUUGUCCGCAGGACACAUAGAAUGACGAAUGCUGCAAGGUCUCUCCCAGACAAAAUGUUUUUUGAUGCAAUAAAAAUGCAUGUAGUGUAAAAAAAAUGUUUUGGUUUACUCAAAGUGCUCUACAACUUUUUCUGGAACUGUUGGAAAUUUGUUUUCAGGAUCUCGUUCUAAACAUCUAUUAGCUUUAGCUCCCCAUUACAAUCCCACCAAAAAGGUUAAAUUUUAUUGUCAAAAGUGCUUUAUUAACCCAACUUAAAAAUAAAUAUCCCACAAAAAGACUAAAUUGACCAUUUCAGUAAAUAAUUACACUAGUUGGGGUAGAGGGAUAUCAUCAUUAAAUAACCAUGUUGAUGCAAAAACUCUUGUACUUAAAACAGCUUUUAAUUUCAAUAGCGGGUAAAAUCCAAAUAAAAUGUGUUAUAUUUAUGUAAAAUAAAUUCUAAUUUAAAUGUUUAUUCACAUUGCCCGAACUGUAGUGAAUGAAAGUAUUAUGACAAGCGAUUUUAAUCUAAAGCAAGAUUUCAAGACAGUAAAUCAACACCUUUUUUUUUACAUUUUUGAACUGAAAAGCUUUGGAUCCCUUAACCUUCAGCAUUUUGUGUGUCUCAAUCAGUAUUGUAAAUAUCAUGCAGGUAAACCGAAGCUUCCUGGUGGGUUACCCCCUGACAGCAUGCUAAUAUACUCACUGACUGUAUACGCAACUACACUCCUGUAAAACACUGCGGGGGCCACGGAUGUUGUUCAGUGGUAAUAUAUCUUCUCAAGACCUUUAUUCGUGCGCUGCAAAGGCCUGUAAACAUACUGUUAGCAUAGAUGAACAAUGCAACAAAUGCCUCUGUUUAUGCUUUGACCUUAUUGUUUGUGUUUGCUGCUAGAUUCAGGUACCGUUUGCUGUUGAGUUUGUCAAAAUGUCCUUAGCAGUGACUGGGUUUUGAGUGGACAGAUAGGCACCUCGACUGGAAGUAUCCUAAAGCUGUGAACUUCAUUUGUUCUUGAAAGUUGGAAUUAUUUGUCAGAUAAUUUGGAAUUUCGCCUGAAGCACUGCUUGGUGUCUGUGAUGCUUUAGUUUGGCACAUUGACUGUAUGCGAGAACUGGACUAAGUCACCCGACCAACCUCAGAUUCCAAACAGGAAGCACCCGCUGGCUCUAAGAAAACCAAAAAGCCUUCUAUAGAGAAAUUAAAAGCUAAUACCUUCACUCAAUCAAUAAAUUUGUCAUAAUAAACAGGCUGUGCUACCUUUUUUAACAUGUUUUUGAUAAUCCUAAUUUUUAGCGAUACUCUCUCUGUAAUUCAAGUUAUUUAAAUAUAAACUGGCCAAUCAGAUUCCUCAAUAAAAGCAUGUGGUCUCACAUUGAUGGAUUCCCCUGAGCCUGCCUCCAAGUCAAAGGGGUGUGGACUUCCAACAAGCUCACUCCUGAUUGGUGAGAGUGAUUGCUAUAAAAACAUUGAUUCAGACAGAUUCGAACCAAUCACUGCUUACUCACAUUAUCUGGUUCCAACACGGUGACAACCAAUUUACUUCCUUGAUGCCAGAAACAAGUCAUUUACUAUGGGUGACGUCACCUUCAGUCCAGUUCUCUUAUACUGUCAAUAGUUUGGCUGUUAGAGACUUCUUUGUCGUAGACCCACUGGUGACAAAUCUAUUUAACUUCACUGAUUAUUUAUACUAAUUUAACAUGUUAAAAAUUCUAAUUCUCUCCUGAUACACAGCACAUCAAUGCAUAUUAUCUGCAACAUUUCGCAACUUUCUUAAAAUACUUAACUUUUAGGAGCAAUUUACAUUCUCAGUUUUCUGUUUUUUAUCAUUUUCCUCACAGCAUAUUAGAGUUUUUAAGGUUUUCUCAAACAUGGAUUAAACCACUCUCCAUAUAGUUUGCACAAAUCAGGAAGCGCAAGAUCUAAAACUAAAUUGUGAUUCAUCUAAGACAAAAUUGAGAAUCUCUUGUUUAAUCUUUGAAUACAGUUCGAUUCAUAUUCACCUGAUUUCAAGAAAUAGAAGUUGCUGAUUAAUAUAAAUAUUUAUAAAAUGUGUUAUUUUUUCCCAUUUGUGUAUCUAACCAGUCAUAUUUACGGUCUGGUACAAUAUAAUCAAAACUUCUCGUUUUUGUACUUCAGGCUGAACCUUUAACCUCUGACUUGAGCUAAUAUUUAAGCUAACCUUCUAAACACUAGUCACAGUUAAUCAGAAAUAACUGCUGUGUUAAUAUAACCUAAGAUGUGAGGUCCACGCUCCAUGUCUUAAAAGGUUAAAACGUGAUUUUUUUUGUUGUUCUACGUUCAGUCAUUAGCAUUGUGACAGUAAUGAUGGCUCCACAAUGCUACUUUGCCACAAUCUAUUUUUCAAGCUGAUAUAAAAAAAAAGAUCUUUUAGACCAUUUUUUUUUUACCUUUUUUGUCAACUCAUUCAUUAUUGGCGGAAAUCAACACUACUUUCAAAAUACGAAUCUUCCAUUUGUUCCCAAAACAGGAAGAGAUUCUUUAGUUUUUAUGGAUCUGGUUCAUUUUUGUUCAACCAACAAACUACACGCUAAAAAAAAAUGAGUUUGAAGCCUGUUACCAUAAGUAGGACUACGACAAAUUUGUUUCUUGAGUGAGAAGUUUUUGUCUUCACGAGAUGCUAGCAGCAGCUCACAAAACAUCCACUUUACAGACAUUUUUAGGCUUGUAUUUAUUUUAAUCUUAUAUUCAGGCUAAUUUCAAAAGGAGAUGUCAAAAUAAAAUAGUUUUUUGUUAAAUAUGUUUUUUCAUUUGUAAUUUAUUGUGAAAAAGAGAAGCGAUGGAGAAAAAAUAUUCAUUAAAAUCGGGAAAAAUAUAUAUUUUUUGGCCCUCGUGUGGCAUGUUUCCAACUUCAUGAACAAAUGAAACACAUUACCGUAUAUACGGCAUGUUAAUAUCAGCUUUACUGUGUCGCUUUGAAAGUAGGACUAGGUUAGGAAGAUCUACAAGAUGACAAAUAUUCUCAGUAGAUGUACGUAAACUCUUAUCUGGACAUUACCUUUUCAGGGGCUGUUUAUUUGUAAAAAAAACAAACAAACAAACAAAAAAAAAAACCUCAAUGUUUUCCCGAAUCAACCUGUGGAUAAAAACCAAGUCGCUCCUGAUUGCAACCUUUUCAGGUCCACCUGUUCUUAGAAUGGUGAUGCUCUGCUGAAUCCUGUCAUUUAAUAAUUAAACAUUGAAGCAAUUCAUUUUUGAAGAGGCUGAUUUCUCAGACAGUUGUUUUGCUUCAAGUGAAGUGUGUCACAAAUAUCCAACUCAUGAAGGAGAACCAGAGGACAAUUGGCAUUUUAUUGAAUACAUAAAAGCAUUUUAAAUGUUUAGAUCAUGUCUAAAACAUCAGUCUGCACUGUAUCUUCCUCUGCAGAUGCAGUAAAAUAGCAGACAGACUGAAGUAAGAGCAACACUUACUUUCAGAGCUCUUUGAACUCGUUGGUCAUGAUAAAUGGAUCGAAUCGGAAACUCCAGGAGGUUUUCACCACUGCCGUUAAUGGCCUCGCUCACGACACGACGGGAUAAAAGUUUGUAGCCGAGUCUAAUUCCCACCUGCAAGUGUACCAGGCCACAUUGGUCACACAUUUGAAAAGGACAGAAGUUGUGUCAUUAUAAAUGCCAUCAUCUAAUAAAAGUGGUGUUUUCUUAAAA